AUGCGUCGGUCUACCAGACUAGAUACCUACGAACUGCCCUCACCUACCACUAUAGAACCGGUCAACAACAAUGCCACCACGAUUACGGAUACUCCUCCCGACCACCCAGAGGGCGAUGUUAGCUGGGCAUUCCCGACGGCGGCUGCGAAGCAUGGGCCUGUCUCCUGGAGUGUUUCCUGA